AGCGGAGCGGCCCGGAGGCGCCUGUCACCUUCAGCGGGGCCGGCCCGGGCGGGAGGCGCGCGGCGGCCGCGGCGGCGCCGCCAUGGUGCUCAUCAAGGAAUAUCGUGUUAUCCUGCCUGUGUCUGUGGAGGAGUAUCAAGUAGGACAACUGUAUUCUGUGGCAGAAGCUAGUAAAAAUGAAACUGGUGGAGGUGAAGGAGUGGAGGUCCUGGUAAAUGAACCCUAUGAAAGAGAUGGAGAGCGUGGGCAGUACACACACAAGAUCUACCACUUACAGAGCAAAGUGCCGACAUUUGUGAGAAUGCUGGCACCAGAAGGAGCUCUGAAUAUACAUGAAAAAGCAUGGAAUGCCUAUCCCUAUUGCAGAACUGUUAUUACGAAUGAGUAUAUGAAGGAUGAUUUCCUGAUCAAAAUUGAAACCUGGCAUAAAUCAGAUCUUGGAACGCAAGAGAAUGUUCAUAAACUGGAGCCAGAUGUGUGGAAGAAUGUAGAAGCUAUUUAUAUAGACAUUGCUGAUCGGAGUCAAGUACUUCCCAAGGAUUACAAGGCAGAAGAAGAUCCAGCAAAAUUUAAAUCUGUCAAGACUGGACGUGGACCUCUGGGUCCCAACUGGAAGAAGGAGCUGGGGAAGCAGACAGAUUGUCCAUACAUGUGUGCUUACAAACUAGUAACAGUCAAGUUCAAAUGGUGGGGUCUGCAAAACAAAGUUGAGAACUUUAUACAGAAGCAAGAAAAGCGUCUCUUCACAAACUUCCAUCGGCAGCUCUUUUGCUGGCUUGAUAAGUGGGUUGAUCUGACUAUGGAGGACAUUCGGAGGAUGGAGGAGGAGACCAAGAGGCAGCUGGAUGAGAUGAGAGAAAAAGAUCCAGUGAAAGGAAUGACAGCUGCAGAUGACUAAUGUGACUUCUUCCUUGUGCACUUUUGCAAGACAGUCAUCAGGAAGGCCUGGGGAAUCCACACUCUUGAAUGAUGGACCAUCUCUGGAUCAAGCCUUUCUAUAUCCAAUCGGCAGGCGAUUUUAAAUCUCCCUUAGCUAAUUCUAGAUGCCCUUUAAUAUUGUGAGCAAAUAGACCGUCUGGUACUAAGCACUCCAAUGUUAGCACGUAUAUGAAGGAGGUAGCUCCUUGGAGACGUGUGACUUAGAGAUCGCUGUAUUUACGUUUCCUCCCUCUUGUUUUUUUUUUUUUUCAUUGUAUUCAGACCAAUUUCCAUGUGGCCCUGUUUGAUUUUCCAAGUGUCAUUUUUAGCUAAAAUAGUUUUGUGAUGUGGUGACUUAGAUUUUUUUUUUUUUUUUUUUUUUUUUAACUGGGAUAAACUGCCACCUUUGUUCCUGCCCAGACCUUUACCAUUCUUUGAAAUCUAUUUGGAGAGGGAAACUGUCGAUAUUUUAGAGUGCAUAACUAUUCCAUAAAGUUCUGUGCUCUGACCUCGCUCCCAAGGUAACAAAUCUAAUGGCAUAUAAUCUGAAUACAUAAUCAGGAGUAGCCAGAUAUAGUUCUUGGUCUGCAGUGAAUAUAUGCUUGUAUGUGGCUUCUGCACAGCAUUACUUUAUUUUGUCUUAGCACAUGUAACUUAAAGACUGAGCAGACGCAGUGUUCAGCAUCCUCGUGCCAGGUCCUUCAGCACAUAACUGUUGAGUUUCGGUUUAGUGAUACACGCUCCCUUUGGCUUAUGUAGCCAUGCUGUCCUUUAGCUUCGUGUGUCAGUCUCACAAAAUCAUUGUGAAAACUUGCUUGAUAAAUGUUGCAACUUUCUGGUUCUUUCUUUAGUAAGACUUAGCAUAACUUACAAAACUAAAAUUAUUUUAACUAAUAAUAAUGUGAUUCUCCCUGGACAAAUUGGAAUGUAGCAAAGCUAGUGUGAAAGUAAAGUCUUGGUAUCUGAUCACAUUCAGGUGCCUGGGUCGGUGGUUCUGCUCAGCAAUAAUAUUCUUCCCAUUGCAAGACUGACUUGAAACAUGUUGUUUCCUUCUAUAGAACAAUAACUUGCAAAGACCUGCAGUUGUUUUGUAGGAUACUUGUCAGUUCUUACAAGUUGCAAAGGAUACUGUUGAACAAUGAAAAUAGCUCUGGGUAUUUAAUAAACUGUAAUACUUUCUGUAACUAUCCUUAUGUUGAUAUCAGCUUUAGACAAUCAAAUAAGCAGAACAGAAUCAAAAAAAAACCAGUGCUUUAUUAAAUAUGUAUGAGAAAACCCUAAUUUCUUUGCUUAUGCAUCAAGUCCAAUGUUUGACUCUCCCUCCCGCACCCCACACAAUAGGCAUCGCUUUAUUCUUCCACUUCUGUAUCUGGUGGUACUAACGGGAAAUACUGAAUGCCAAACACGGACAUGGGUGUAUCCACACUUUCAAGGAGUCUUUUGGCGCUUAUUAAUACUUCUGCUUGCAUGAAAGGGCUGAAGGAGUCAGGAAAUCCUGAAAUGAUCCCAUGCAAUGCUGAACAAGUAUGUGCUGGGGUAUGAAUUGUUUUCAGUGUGAGGGAAGAUGAUUCAUGGUGUGGAGGGAGAGGAUGGCUUUUGGUUACUGGGGAGGGGGCAGUUUAUCCCUUUUUUUAGUUUGUUAUUUUGCCUUACUCAUGUCUAAGUGCAAUAAGCUCUGAAUUGUACCAGUAACUCUGGCCGGCUCUUCUCAGUGACCUCAGAUGGUUUUGCGGGGUGGGGGGGAUGAGGGACUUUUAGCAAACUCACCAGGCAGAAGUAAAGCAAACUUACUGUAAAAGAGGUGAAGAUACUGAAUCUUAAUCUGCAAGGCUGUUUGGGACCAGGAUGUUGUUUCAUGCCAUCUUCUUUAGGUGUUCAAAAAGUAUUUUAGGAGUGUAGGCCCCACUUAAUAGUUCUUUCAACUUAAAAUAUUUUUAACUGAGAAUUUAUGCACUGACUUCUGUUUGUGUUUAUUGGUUAUGUUUUGAGGGAUUCUUACACUUGAGGACAAUUUGAGAAUACAUAGCACAUUUGUUCUUUAAAUUUGUGUUAUCCAAGAGGCUUUCUAGCUGAUGACACUAAUCGCUGUGGAAGCAGAUUUUAACAUUCCACCGUGCAAUCCUUUGCUGAUCCUCUGUUUUCAGAGUAAGAGCUUUUACAUAAAGCUUUCCUGAUUAGUGGAAAAAAUGGGGAAAAAAUGCAAGAACUCCAUCCUGAACCUUUUUUUCCCCCCUCUUUUCUUUCUUUCCUCCUGUUUGAAUCCGAAGUGAAAGCAUCCCUCAGCCUUGGGAUAGACGAAUCCUGUAAUGACCUUUCAGUCUUGUUGCUUGGUUCCUGCUAGUGAGCGGAGCGAAGAUCAUGCAGCCCCACGGUGCUGCAACUUUUUCACUGGCUUUGGCAAGAACCCCAAGCCCUGCUGGCUCCCGCAGGGGUUACUGCUGGGCUGUUGGUCUGUUCUAGGGCGAUGGUUGUGCCGUGACCCUCCCUCCGAUCAGCGCCGGGCGGCUCUGAGCGCCGCGGUACCACUGGGACACGAUUACUGCGCCGCGGGGGCCCGCAGCCCACGUCGGGCCGGGUUGCGGUGGGGCCGCUUGCCCACCACCCGCUGCACGGCUCUGGGUUCGUCCCCGCUGGGCCUCCCCACCACCGUCUGAUCGGUUCAUCGUGCUCUUUCCUUUGGCAACACACACUUUGUAGAAUGGGUUAGAUUAUCUCGUUGUUUCUUUAAUGUGAGUUUGUGCCUUUUUUGUCUCCUAAUCUUCCAAUACAGGCAUAUUGGAAAUAAAAUCUAAUAAAAUACUAGACCGAG